CGCCCGUUACAUGCGCCAAUGGGAACUGAAAUUGUCAUUGUUUUACCCUAUCCUCCAUAAUUCACCCUGCUGUCUCCUCCACCUUUUAAGCGUAUGUAGUAGAGACUAGAGAGAGAGGUGUAAUAUCAAUUUGUCACUUAGUCACGUGAGAAAGACCACUCUCUUCUCUACGACUACCGUAUUUGGAGGAGGAUGUUUUUUUUGUUUCUCUCCAGAUUCCUUAAUUACGUAUGGUGCGUUGGGUUUUCCUUAAUUUAAUCAUGUGAUUAGAUUGGGUCAGCCCCGCCCCCAAACAAAACACAUGUAGUAAUCAGAAAAGAUAUCUUUAUAAACAAGAGUUGGGUGGUGAGUGGUGAGUGGUGGUGGAGGUGAGAGGUCAAGGGUAAGGUCGUGGCUUAGCAAAAGCCCUGAACAUAAUUAAAAGCAAGAGCUUUUUUUUAUUUCUCUCUCUCUCUUCCUUUUUUAAAAUUGUUGAUUCUAGCUAGCUAGGUCCGGGUAAAGCUGAAACUCCACUACUACUAUUGCAAGCGUAUCCUGUACAGCAAUUUAUUGUUUUUAAGUUCUCACCACCAUCAUCAUCAAACCACUCAUGUUAGACAACACCAUCAAUACUGCUUCUUGUUCUUCCGAUGCCCAAAACCUCCCUAACAAAAGAAAAAGAAGACCCGCUGGAACCCCUGAUCCAGAUGCAGAAGUGGUGUCUCUGUCACCGAAGACGCUGCUGGAAUCGGAUCGUUACGUGUGUGAGAUCUGCAACCAAGGGUUCCAGAGGGACCAGAACCUGCAAAUGCAUAGGAGGAGGCACAAGGUGCCAUGGAAGCUUCUCAAGAGGCAAGGAGGAGGCGGUACAACCAUGAUGAAGAAGAAGGUGUUCGUGUGCCCGGAGCCCAGCUGCUUGCACCAUGACCCGUGCCACGCACUGGGCGACCUGGUGGGAAUCAAGAAACACUUCAGAAGAAAGCACAGCAACCACAAGCAGUGGGUCUGCCAUAAGUGCUCCAAGGGUUACGCCGUUCAAUCCGAUUACAAAGCUCACAUCAAAACCUGUGGCACCCGUGGCCAUUCCUGUGACUGUGGCCGCGUCUUCUCCAGGGUGGAGAGUUUCAUAGAACACCAGGAUGCGUGCACUGUGAGGCAGCACCGACCAGAGUUACAAGCACUGCAACCAGCAUGCUCUUCAAGAACAGCUUCAAGCACAAGUCCAUCCAGUGAUGCUAAUUUUACGGUGACUGCCCCACUGCAACCACUUCCACCACCACCACCACCACUGCCACCACCUUCAGAGAUUCACAGGAACAAUACUAAUACUCACAACUUGGAACUUCAGCUCCUACCUUCUUCAAUAAACUCUCGUCAAAACCACGAAACCCGCUUGAGACUCGCAAUAGGUGGGGACAAUGGGAGGAGUGUUGAAGAAGAACGGAACAAUAACAAUAAUGUAAUGAUGGUGGGUGAUUCUUCUUCCACAUUGGAAGUGGCAAGGUUGAAGGAGUGUGCAGGACAGGAGCUGAAGUUGGCAAUGGCGGAAAAGGCAUAUGCAGAAGAGGCAAGGAGAGAAGCGAAACGGCAGAUUGAGAUAGCUGAGCUUGAGUUUGAGAAUGCAAAGAGGAUAAGGAAGCAAGCACAAGCUGAGCUUGGAAAGGCUGAAGCUUUGAGAAAGCAAGCCAUCAAGAAGAUGACUUCAACUCUCAUGGAGAUAACAUGCCAUGCUUGCAAGCAAAACUUUCACUCUUCCAACAAUGGCGUUGGGGUUCCGUCUGAAGAGACCUCCAUUGUAAUGAGUUACAUGUCAUCAGCAAACAACACGGAUGAUGGUGAAGCAGAAUAGUCAGUCACAUAUAUAACCCCUUUAAUUGUAUUAUGCCGUUUAGAAAGAAAAGAAAAGAUGAAAAAGGUUUACGAGCUAAUUGAGUAGUGAUGGUUGUUUUCUUCUUUUUCUGUUUUCUUUUUACUCUUGGCUGUCUGAAAAUUUGUUGUAUGAUUUAGAGAAAGUUCAUAUUCUUUAUUAAUAUUGUGUUGUUGUGAUC